AACAAAUUGUCGGAAGAUACAUUCGAAAAUAAACAAAGUUCAAUUGAUAAAAUCAAUUUUGAUGAGAUGAAAAUGAAGAUUUUGAAAAAAUGUAAAGUGCCUCAUGACACAGACACUUUUCGAUUUAUGGAUGCUCUAUCAGAAAUGGUGGGAACGUUUACAAAAAAGUGUGGCAAUGAGUUCACUUUUAUACACAGUUCCAUGCUCGAAAUCACUGCUUAUAGUUUUGGUCGACGGUAUCCAGAGCUCAUUUUGCAAUACAUGAGUAGUGAUUACAUUUGUUACUACAUCAAAGUGAAAAAAGAUGGCCCUAAAAAACGUAAAAUAGAAACCGAUACGAGUGUCAGCCAUCGUCAAAGCAAACCUUAUUCUGAAAAUGAAACCGUGAAAGACCUGUGUAUAGAAUUGAAAGAGUCAGAUUAUCCAAUUCUUUCUGAGCGUUUGUUCCAAGACGUAGAAACUUUGGAGUGGUGUAAUGUGUUUGGAAAUGAAGCUUUGAAACAUCCUGCUGUUCUUCAACAUUUUAUUUCAAUAAUGAGAACAAAAUCAUAUACUGAACUGCAUUCCAUUUUUCUGUCAGAGAUUACGAAAGCAUUUAAAAUACACAAGGCUAUAUUUAGACCGGAAAAACGUAGUGUUAAAAAGGGUUAUUAUCAUGAAUGUAUCAUUCAGAGUUUGUUGCUUAAUGAAAAAGGUUAUCAUAAUAUGAACAAUUAUGGUGAUAUAAGCAGCGUGAGGCCAAUUAGUUGGGUGAUAUAUUAUGGACAUGAUCAGAUUCUACAGUAUAUAAUAGAUUAAAUUGUGAAGGAGAAAGGCACUAUCUGUGAGCUAUUCCAAAAUUCAUACAAUGAAUGUCCAUGUUGUAUUUCAAAUAUCAAUCAGAACGACACCAACCUUGAAACAGGACGCUCAUUAUAUGAUUGUAUGGCAACCACAUCAAAUAACAAAUCAAACUUAGUUAUGAAUAGCCAAAUUGCAACAUUUGACUCAGGCAAGGAAUCACAUUUUAGUGUUUACAACAAAGAGGUGACUUAUGAACAAUGGCGCUUACUUUGCCUAGGUUGUUAUUCUGGGAAUCUAACGAUUAUUCAAAUAUUGUUGAAAUAUAUCGAUAAAAGUGUAGUCAAUAUGCAAAACGAACUCAACCCAAUGACAAUUGCAUGCGAGUCUGGAUAUCUGAACAUUGUGAAGGAAUUAUUAAAGGCAGGUGCUAAUGUCAAUACUACCUCUUAUAUACCACCUCUAAUAACUGCAUGUGAACAUGAUCAUUUAAGUAUAGUGGUAGAAUUGUUAAAAGCGGGGGCCGACGUCAAUGCUUGCUUUGAUGCGCCAAUAAAUGUUGCAUGUGAAAACGGACAUCUAGGUAUAGUUGUUGAGUUGAUAAAAGCAGGGGCUGAUGUCAAUAAAGCCGAUUGUUUACAGACACCGCUGGCAUUUGCCUGUGAAAAGGAACAUUUAGAUGUGGUUAAAGAGUUGAUAAAGUCAGGGGCUGAUGUCAAUUUGAAAACGCCAUUAACAUUUGCUUGUAAAGAGGGUCAUAUUAAUAUAGUUGAAGAGUUGAUUAUGGAGGGAGCUGAUGUAAACCUUGAAGAUGGAAAUAGAACAUCCAUAACAAAUGCAUAUGAUGGUGGACAUUUGAAAAUAGUUAAAUUGUUGAUGAAAGCUGGUGCUGAUGGCAAAACAGAAGACACACAUGAAAUAGCAUUACACAUAGUAAACAAAUUGCUUCGAAUAGAAGCUGAUGCAAAUCUCAAAGACCCCAAUCAAAGAUCACUUAUAAGCGCAUGUGAUCAAGGAUGUUUGAGUGUGGUUAAAAACAUAAUAAAAAGUGGAGUUGAUGUCAAUUUAAAAGAUGGUUUAAGAACACCCCUUAUCGUUGCGUGUUAUCAGGGACACCUGUCUGUAGUUGAAGAGCUAAUAAAAGCAGGAGCUGAUGUCAAUAUGAGAAAUGAAUUCAUAACACCUUUAGAAGUUGCGUGCUAUGAGGGACAUUCUAGCAUAUUGUUAAAAUUGAUAAAUGCAGGAGUAAAUAUCCGUCAAAUACAUAAAGACGAUUCAGUCUUGUUAACCGCUGCUUGUUAUUUUGGACACCAGGCGGUAGUUAAAGAGUUAAUCAAAGCAGGGAUAGAUGUCAACCAGGUAUAUGAAAAGGAAACUCCGUUGACAGCAGCAUGUUACACAUAGAAACUGGAAGUAGUUGAAGAGCUAAUUAAAGCUGGAGCUGAUGUCUAGGCGUUAGAGAUAAUUCACCACUUAUGGUUGCAUAUGAUAGGGAAAAUUCGAGUUUAAUAGAAAUGUUGAAAGAAGCAGGUGCUGUUUAAGUACUAGAUAUCAAACACUUUUAACAGUUACAUUUUUGGAGCAUUUUCAAUGAUUGUAUUAGUUUGUUAAAGACAAUGCAAAAAAACAAUUUUUGUAAUUGAGAAAGGAUGUUAGAGUUUGGCGUGUUUAUUAAACAGAUAUGAAGCUAAUAAAUAACAUUAUUUCAAAAAUUGUAUGUAAGGAUACUUUGUAUUUAAAUAGACA